UGCCGAGCCUCGCAGCCCGGCGGGGCUCCGACGAGAGGGGCUGCAUGGCGCGGCCGGCGCGGCUCUGCGGGCUGUGGGCGCUGCUACUCUGCGCCGGCGGCGGCGGCGGGGGCGCCGCGCCCACCGAAACCCAGCCACCUGUGACGAAUUUGAGUGUUUCUGUUGAAAACCUCUGCACGGUCAUAUGGACAUGGGAUCCUCCUGAAGGAGCCAGCCCGAAUUGCACCUUACGGUAUUUUAGUCACUUUGACAACAAGCAGGAUAAGAAAAUUGCUCCUGAAACCCAUCGUUCCAAAGAAGUACCCCUGAACGAGAGGAUUUGUCUGCAAGUGGGGUCCCAGUGCAGCACCAGUGAAAGUGACAAUCCUAGCAUUUUGGUGGAGAAGUGCACCCCGCCCCCGGAAGGUGAUCCCGAGUCUGCUGUGACUGAGCUACAAUGUGUCUGGCACAACCUGAGCUGCAUGAAGUGUACUUGGCUCCCUGGGAGGAAUGCAAGUCCCGACACCAACUAUACCCUCUACUACUGGCACAGCAGCCUGGGAAAAAUUCUUCAGUGUGAAGACAUCUAUAGGGAAGGUCAACACAUUGGUUGUUCCUUUGCUCUGACUAAUUUGAAGGAUUCCAAUUUUGAGCAACACAGUGUCCAAAUAGUGGUUAAGGAUAAUGCAGGAAAAAUUAGACCAUCCUUCAAUAUAGUGCCUUUAACUUCUCAUGUGAAACCUGAUCCCCCACAUAUUAAACGUCUGUUCUUCCAAAAUGGUAACUUGUAUGUACAGUGGAAGAAUCCACAGAAUUUUAACAGCAGAUGCUUAUCUUAUCAAGUAGAAGUCAAUAACAGCCAAACUGAGACGAAUGAUAUUUUCUACGUUGAAGAGGCCAAAUGUCAGAAUUCAGAAUUUGAGGGAAACCUGGAGGGUACAAUUUGUUUCAUGGUCCCCAGUGUUCUUCCUGAUACUUUGAAUACAGUCAGAAUAAGAGUCAGAACAAACAAGUUAUGCUAUGAGGAUGACAAACUCUGGAGUAAUUGGAGUCAAGCGAUGAGUAUAGGUGAGAAUAGUGACCCCACGUUCUACAUAAGCAUGUUGCUUGCCACUCCGGUCAUCGUUGCGGGAGCCAUCAUCGUCCUUUUGCUUUAUCUCAAAAGGCUCAAGAUCAUUAUAUUCCCUCCAAUUCCUGAUCCUGGCAAGAUUUUUAAAGAAAUGUUUGGAGACCAGAACGAUGAUACCCUGCACUGGAAGAAGUACGACAUCUACGAGAAGCAAACCAAAGAAGAGACUGACUCUGUGGUGCUGAUAGAAAACCUGAAGAGAGCCUCUCAGUGAUGGGGAUAAUUUAUUUUAACCUUCAGCGUGACCUUGUGAAGAUUCAUCCCGUUCUGCAUUUUGUUAUCUGGGAACUGUGAAACGGAAACUGAAACCACUGGGCCAUUUGCAAACCGGCAGCUCCAAAGAGCCCUGCCUUUCUGUUGAGUCGGGCACUGAGAAACAAAACCUGAGGGGCUCUCUGGCCGAGGAGAGCGAGUCCCUGUUGUUGAAUUAUAAAAGCAGAUGGCCCUUGCGAAAGCUUCAAAGUCAGGGACAAAGCCAACGGCCAUGACGGCAGUAGAUCUUACCAAGGGUUGCGACAAUUUCUGAGGGAUCUGUGCCUGCUUUGUAUUCUCUGUGUCCGGCAAUACCAACUACAUUUGAUUUGUUGUGUGAAACGCAUUUUGGGUGCAGUUGCUAAUGCCAACCCUGAGUCACAGAGAACAUCUUGCAGCCGAAAUUGAUAAAAUCUCUUGAUCUGUUUGGGAUCUCAUGGAGGAAUGUGUGUGGCUCUUAAAUCUCUUAGCAGUCUGGAAUCAGCCCCCUGAGCAGCACUAGUCCCUGCUUUGAGAGGUCCAGGCAUGGGGUAGGGGCGGCUCCUUUCCCGACACCGCAGCAGGCUCCCCUCUCCUCCCCCCACCCGCCCUCCCCACCCGGAAGAGGGAGGGGGGCUUGCUCCCUGAGCCUUCUUCACCUCCACCGCUCAGAUCAGAUGUUCACCGUUCACCCGUGUCCCUGCGCUCGGCCCCCAGCCCGGAGGCACCGCUCGGGCGGGUGACAGUCUAGCCGAGACUCCUGUUCUUUACUGCUCUAUCUCCACUGGUCAGUUGCCAGACCUUUCGACUCCCAGUUCCCAUGCCCAGUCCCCCCCCACCCCGGCGUUCACUCACAUUCCCGGCAGCGUCUCGUUAGAAGUUAGAAAGCAGGAUGUAAAGCUGCGCAGAACGCCUAGAGGGGCAGGGAGUAAUUUGCAUCUCAGGUAAAGUGUGAGGAGACUAAGAAACAGUGACUGAUUCUUGCAUGUUUUGUAACUUCUGCGUGAGUCUGCAUUUCUUGGAAGGUUUUCAAGGAUUACUGUUUUCUCUCUGCAUUUUCUGAACAGAAAGGAGGUACAAUCUUCACUCCGCACUUCGCUCUUGGCUUCAGAAAAGAAUAGUUAGGUCUUCCCCUUUUCCCUUCCGGCCCCAACUGGUUAUGAGUAGGUUUUGCUUCGUAUAUGGAUAGCACCUGAGGCUCCCACAUUUGUAUUCAUUUUUUUUUUUGCAUACUGAGUUAGGGUUCCCUCCUCACCCAGCCCUCCAUUGGACCCACUGAGCUGUUCCCUCUGCUCCUCCUUCCUCCAGAUUUAAAGCAUAGAAGCGAGAGGCCCCCCUCACACACCCCACCCAGAGUCUCUCUCCUCAUGCACACAGACUCUUGGUAGGAACUUGACAACUUGACACCUACAAGUUCUCCAGACACUCACCCAUGGGCAGCAUUCCAGACUUGCCUCUCCCGCUCUUAGGGGACUGCGGGAGAAGGUCAGAGGUGCCUGCUUGCCGUGGGUUUGGGCAAGGUGGCCACCAGCUUGCCCUGGCUCGUCGGAGGAAAUUUCGUGGCACAGAUAGAUGUCAGGGUGUUGCCUCCCUGUGCCUCUUUUUUUUUUUUUUUUUUUAGGUCAGAUUGAGGUGGGAGACAGGCGGAGUGGGUGUCCCACCAUGUUACAAGAUUCUCUAGAAAGAACAUUGGGUUUUCCUGUGUCUGAGAUGCUCUCCCAAGUCUUUUAUAAUUCUGCAAAGCAAAACACCUACACACCUCACCCAGGGCCAUUUUCCCUGGUAUCCUAUUUAGAUGUCAGUGAGGGAGAGGAUGCUUCGGUAUGAUUCCCCAAGGGACGGCAGACCGUGACAGUCAUAGCCCCAGAGCGGGGACAUUGCAUUUGGUUUCCAUUCCCUGCUUUGAAUUACAGUGAGUUACGGAAAUUACAGUGAAUUACGGGAAUACCUAUAGCUCUUCGAUAGUCACCAAAAAGGGAACUUGAAUACAUCAGUGGGAUUUCCAUCACCUGUAGGAAACUUGGAGGUUCCUUCGCUAUGUUACGCCUAAACUAUAUGGAUUGUGUUUUCCUCGGCCUUCCUAAGAAAACCCACCAUAAGGAUGGUCAUUCUUAUUCUUUCAUUCAGAUAAGUUUUUCCUCUCUCUGGGCACUGAAGGGACACAUGAAACAAUGUUUAGAAUAUUUUUGGUAAUGCCUUCAACUAGGGAUCGUUUUGUUUAACUUCUUAUACGAAAGCUUGAGUGAAAUAAAUACUGUCUUUUUGUACGUUA